UCAGGAAAUGUCAGUAAACCUAUACGCAAAUGCCCAGCAUUUUCUCCACUGUUAAAUAUUUCUGUCUGAAUCAUUAAAGAUAUAAAAUCAAACAAGCAACUCAGUAUUUUAGAGGCAUAUUACCAAGUAAAACACUUUGUAUGGUCACUAACGGUCAAACAUAGGCCUGCAGAUAUUUUUGUUGGAUCAGUGUUUGUAUAUUUGCAGGUUAUUGAUGUCUUGGGCCACUGAUCAGUUUAUAUUUACUUAGAUAACGUUUUGGAGAGAGGUUCUAUUUGCUGUGCUGGUUGGACUUGAAUCCAGCUGUUGGUGGAGGGUCAAUGUCCAACACUGAGCUCUGUGACGAACCGGCAAACACACUCACACACACACACACUCACUAACUCACACACACACACUCAUACACACCCACACGCUCGCUCACACACACAUCUGUUCCGAUCUCCAGCAGGAGACAUAAAAGACGGCUCUCAAACCAUGUACAAGUUGAUUUCACUGCUGGCUGUUUUCGGGCCGUAUGUGAUCGCAGGAGGACGCUUUGAGCGAACCAUUAGCAGACCUUUCAGAUCUUUGCUGAGGGUCCAUAACGGGAUGAGAUGGGGCUCGUGGGGUCAGAAGGAAAUGUGUCCGACUGGAAUGUAUGCCACAGGCUUUAGUCUUAAGGUGGCAGGUAUGUGGGAAUCUCUGCUGGUUGGUGAUAACACGGCACUCAAUGGGAUUCGUCUUCACUGCAUCAACCCGUCUAAAAGCUCAUCGGGCCCGUACGAGGACUACGCCACAGUUCAGUCCGAUGUAGGAAGCUGGGGAAAAUGGUCAGAUAUCAAAUGGUGCACGAGUGGAUUUCUGACAUCUUUUCAGCUGAGAGUGGAACCCUACAAAGGGAUCAUGGACGACACGGCCGCAAACAAUAUCAGGUUUAACUGCAGUGGAAAUGCGGAAAUGCUGCAGGGAUCUGGGAUUUCGUGGGGCGAAUGGGGCGACUGGAGCGAGACGUGUGGAGGAAAGGGAAUCUGUGGCAUCGAGACGAUGGUGGAGCAGCCGCAGGGAGUCGGAGACGACACAGCCCUCAACGACAUGCGCAUUUACUGCUGUGAUUGAACUGAUUGGUUGUUUCAGAAACAAAUGAUAUGGUGGAAUUUUUUUAAUACAUCGUAAGUAAAUAUAUCUUCACCAUUGUAGCAUAUUAACUAAGUUUUCUAUUUUAAGUUGGGAACAUUUGAUUCAAUUUGCUGAUUUAGUACUUAUUUUUAAGAUCUUAAAUGCACUGUAAAAAAUGACCGUGAAUUUAACGGUAAAAGACCGUAAAAAUG